GGACGAAAACCUCGAGGCGGCUCCGGGCGAGAAGCCCAAGGUCGCCAAGAAGACGGCCCCGAAAGACGACGCGGCCACCGCAAAGGGCGACGCGAAGACCGCCACGAAGAGCACCGCCAGAGACGCGACCAAGGCGGCCCGGAAGGACGCCCCGAAGGACGCCCCGAGGGACGGCCCGAAGGACGGCCCGAAGGACGCUCCCAAGGAGCCCCCGGAGCCCGCCCCGAAGGCCCCCGCGGGCGCCGAGCAGGCCCCAGCGGCCGAGGCGGGCCGCAAGCGGCACGGGGGCCCCACCGCGGCGGCUGAGGACCCGGCGGCCCAGGGCGAAGGAGGCGGCGCGCCGGCGCCAGGCUCCGCGCCGGCGCCGGGCUCUGGCAGCUCGCGGCGCGGCAGCCCCGG